CGCGGCUACAUGUGGAAUUUUCCACGAACAGUCAUACACGUUCAUCAUACUGUAUCUUGUUUAUGUGUUGACUUUUGCCUACAUAUUACGACACUGCAUUGCUCCGUGUAUGUAUGCUCGUCCGUGACUCUACUCGUGCGUACGAAUAAUCGGCCGUAAAUGGAAUUGGCUCGUCGCACGGGAAACAUUAUACAUUGAAAUACUCUCACUUCAUAGUGAGAAACUGAUGGUUAUACCGGUGACAAUGAAUUUACUCGACACAAAUAAGAUUAAUGAAGGGUCUGUUGUAAUUGUUCUGUCUUCAUAGCCUAAAACUUUUCAUUUACAAUAUUCUUUGUCGUACUUUUAGUGAUAGUGUUAUCGUGGAUAAAACGCAUAUUAUAUAAUGAAUUCCAGAUAUGGAGUGGAUAAGUGCCAGGAGAUUGCACCGAGUCUGAAAGACGCCAUUGGUAUUGAAAAACUAUUGUAUUUGUGUUAUCAAACUGUUUGCCUUGGUACUUAACCUAGGAGAAAAACAUGUCACAGUUAAAUAUAAGUACAGGAAAAAAAGGGAGGGGUGUUGCCAGUACCUCAGCCUCAUCCGUAUCGGCGUUGAGCAGUUCGACUGAUUUAGCAAGCCUAUUCGAAUGUCCUGUUUGUUUUGACUAUGUGCUGCCACCCAUCUUGCAGUGUCAAAGUGGACACCUUGUUUGUAGUAACUGUCGACCAAAACUUACCUGUUGCCCUACUUGUAGAGGCCCGUUAGGUAAUAUUCGCAAUCUGGCUAUGGAAAAGGUAGCGAGUAAUGUAAUGUUUCCUUGCAAAUACUCUAUUAGCGGGUGCACGGUAUCUUUGGUACAUACCGAAAAGCCAGAUCACGAGGAUGCGUGCGAAUUCCGUCCAUAUAGUUGUCCUUGCCCUGGUGCAUCGUGUAAGUGGCAAGGAUCGCUUGAACAAGUGAUGCCACAUCUUGUUACGAGUCAUAAAAGCAUUACUACUCUUCAAGGAGAAGACAUAGUUUUUCUGGCAACUGAUAUAAAUCUUCCCGGAGCUGUGGAUUGGGUAAUGAUGCAAUCUUGUUAUGGUCAUCAUUUCAUGUUGGUACUUGAGAAGCAAGAAAAAUAUGACGGGCAUCAACAAUUUUUUGCGAUCGUUCAAUUGAUUGGUUCGAGAAAGCAAGCAGAAAAUUUUGCUUACAGGCUAGAACUAAAUGGACAUAAGAGACGCCUUACGUGGGAAGCUAUGCCACGUUCUAUACAUGAAGGUGUCUCGUCUGCUAUUUUAAAUUCAGACUGCCUUGUAUUUGACACAUCUGUUGCUAAUUUUUUUGCGGAUAAUGGAAAUCUAGGAAUUAAUGUUACAAUUUCUAUGGCAUGAGAAAAGCCAGAGAAAACAGUUUAAAAGUCAGACAUAUCGUGCAGUCUUUGAAUUACACUCCUAAACUGACACGAAAGAUUGCCUGCUAUGCAUACAUAAUUUCUUUCAUGUUACCACAGAUGAAUAUUAGCAAUAUGGAUGUUAGAAAAUAUUGGAAAUGGAUUGACAAAGUGCAACAUUCACACUUGGUUACAGAACAUCCGUGUAGAAGCUUUAAAGUAUACUUGUAUGUGAUAUUAAUAAUACAUGUGAAUAUAAGAUAAACAGCUAUUUGGUUGAAGCAGCGAAAAAAGGCCAAUUUAUAGAAAGUACCUGACAGUCAUUACACGAUGCUUUCUCUUAGUCAUUUCUUAUCAAAUUUUUAUUUAUAUAAUAUUCCCUAGUGAAUUUUAUAUUAUUUUAAAUGUUAAGAAUACUUCACGAAUAUCACCAUUUAAUACGAUUUACCUAACAAACUUGUCUGUAUCUUUAUAUCUAAUCUACUUAAACAUAUUCAUCUCUCUCUCUCUCUCUCUCUCUCUCUCUCUCUCUCUCUCUCUGCUUGCAUAAUGCACUGCUAAAGAAAAGUAACGUUAAAUUUUUCCGAGGUAAUCGUUUGUUAGAAUUUUAAUAGGUUUACCUUUUGCCUUUAGUAUUCGACUUUUAACUAAUUUUCUUUUCAAAAUUCUCAACUUUUUAUAAACGUUAUCUUGUAUUAUUUAACACAAUUGUAUACAUAUAUUUAGAUUUUAAUGUAUAAAAACAUAUACAAAAGUUCAGUUUCACAGGUAUUAUUUUAUACGCUGUAAGUUAAUUCUAAAAUUGUAAAUUACACAAUAUUUUCGAACAUGUGUAUAUUGUCCAUAAUAUCAAGCAAGAUAAAUUCACAGGGAAUGGGUAUAUCUUAUUAACUGUAACGUUUGCAGUUUAGAAGAGCAAAAUGUCAAGUUUUGACAAUUUCAUAUAGUCAAAUCAUUUUAUAUGCAGACAUUUUUCCUGAAAUAUGCUUGACAAAAAACUCUGUGGUCAUGAAGUGAACCUAGUACUGCAUACAAAAACACGUGAUUACUACACGUAUAUGUAUAUAUAUGUACAAGUAUGUAGAUAUAUAUAUAUAUGUUUUAUAUUAUUACUUAUCGAGAGUCAGAUAUAGUGACGCGAUUGACAAAUUUCUGAUUUCUAUGCAUCGUAUGAUUCGCACCCUUACGGUGAUGACAGGAAUGAAAGCGUUAUAGCAUGUACCAAUUAAACGACUAUGUAAACAUUAUUUGUUUCUUGGUACAUAAUUGAACUAAAUAAACUAAAGAAAAAUGUGAAAUCAUAGUCAAAGUUUAAGAAUAAGUUUGGAAAGAUCGAAAAAACAUUUUUCAUCGGAAUAGAUUUUGUAAUUAGAUAUCACAAUAAUAUUUAUUCUUUUUCA